AUGCGUGGUUUGAGAGACAAUGAGGUGCGCCAGAACAAUGUUUUGAGGGGUGGUCUUGGGCCUGCAUUUCACACAAGUUCGGCUUUGCGACACUCCAAGAGGACGUGGAGGACGGUCAGGCUCUCACCACAUCGACAACAGGUUGGCGGUUCCUUUCCAGUAAGCAGAAAAUUGGCGGUUACCGGUGCUGGGCGACCUGACAUUACGUGUGGGCUUCAAAGACGUGCUCGUGGACUGUCCCCUCACAGUGCUCGACUGGGAAGGGCCAAGCCUUUGCGGAAGGGACCUGCUGACGCUGAUGGACAAAGCUGGUGCACCGGUGCUACAUGUGACACCGGCCUGCGGAGCCACAGAAACGAGCGAAAUGGACACCUGCAAGGUCCAACUGAGGAGAGCCACGACUGGACACUGCCGCCAGACAGCAGCGUGUACGUCCGCAAUUACGGACAGGGAGAGAAGUGGAUACCUGGUCAUGUCAAAUCGGCGACCGGAGCACGAAUGGUAACCGUAGAGACUCCCACUGCCAUUGUCAAGCGGCACGGCGAUCAGGUGCGCCGCCGCUCGGAUUCAUCACCAAGGUUUCCAGAUACGACUGCUCGUAGUCCAGGGUCCAACCAGACGCCAGGUCCCAGCACGGCCACCAAUGCAACCACUUCCUUGGAAGCGGCCGCCCAUGUUAAUUCUCUAGAUGCAGGCCAAAUUGCGGAUGACAGCAUUCGACCUCACACCCCUUCUCUCCCAACUAGCUUGAGUCCGGCCGAAGCUUCGCAGCAAGUCCUGCGCCGGUCAACGAGGCAGCGCAAGCCAGUGCAACGGUUCCAUUUUUGAGGAGAGGGCAGUGUUGUGUCUUCAUCAUGAUAGUUCUGUGCAUGCGCAGUGUACUCCCACUUCCCUUCCCACUUCAGGGGAUAAAUGCUGUCGCAUGCCCCCAAAUAAACGUCUUCUAUGUUCGA